CAGAGCUUGGUACCUCUCUCACAGAGCCUUGAGUGCACACGAUGGCCGGAAGAGCAUCCGUCGUGCCCGACGGCGGUGCGGGGGACUACGGCGGCGGCGUGACGUUCUCCGUGGUGGUGACCAGCCUCAUGGCUGCCUCCUGCGGCAUCAUCUUCGGCUACGACUCUGGCGUCUCAGGUGGCGUGACUCAAAUGGACUCGUUCCUGAGCAAGUUCUUCCCGGAAGUGGUGGAGGGUCGGAAGAACGCAAGGGUCGACGCCUACUGCAAGUACGACAACCAGUGGCUGACCGCGUUCACGUCGUCGCUGUGGAUCGCCGGCACGCUGUCCUCGCUGGUGGCGAGCCGCGUGACCAGGAUGGUGGGCCGCCAGGCCAUCAUGCUCAUCGGCGGCGCGCUGUUCCUUGCCGGCUCCAUCAUCAACGCCGCCGCGGUGAACAUCGCCAUGCUCAUCAUCGGCCGGAUGCUGCUCGGCUUCGGCCUCGGGUUCACCUUGCAGGCUGCUCCGGUGUAUUUGUCGGAGACAGCGCCGGCGAAGUGGCGCGGCGCCUUCACGUCGGCCUACAACGCCUUCGUGGUCAUCGGGAUCCUGUCCGCGACCAUCACCAACUACUUCACCAACCGCAUCCCCGACUGGGGGUGGCGCGUCUCCCUCGGCCUCGCCGCCGUGCCGGGCGCCGUCGUCGUCCUGGGAGCUUUCUUCGUCUCGGACACGCCCGUCAGCCUCGUCAUGCGAGGCCAACCCGAGAGGGCUCGGGCCGCGCUGCAGCGCAUCCGCGGAGCGGAGGCGGACGUCGACGCCGAAUUCAAGGACAUCGUCCGCGCCGUGGGCGUGGCGCGGCAGAACGACGAGGGCGCGUUCCGGAGGCUGUUCAGCAGGGAGUACCGGCACUACCUGGCGAUCGGGGUGGCCAUUCCCGUGUUCUACGAGUUCACCGGCAUGAUCGUCAUCUCCGUCUUCUCGCCGGUGCUGUUCCGGACGGUUGGGUUCAGCAGCCAGAGGGCUAUCCUUGGGUCCGUGAUAAACAGCGCGGUGAACUUGGCCUCAACGUUGCUGUCUUCCGUCGUCAUGGACCGCACUGGACGCAGGUUUCUGUUCGUCAUCGGCGGCUUAGGAAUGAUGCUUUGUGAGGUGGCCAUUUCAUGGAUCAUGGCGGAUCACCUCGGGAAGCACGGCGGGGUGACCAUGCCGCGGAACUACGCGACCGGCGUGCUGGUCCUGAUCUGCAUGUGCACCUUCAGCUUCGGCUUGUCGUGGGCGCCGCUCAGGUGGGUGGUGCCGAGCGAGAUCUACCCGGUGGAGGUCAGGUCGGCCGGGCAGGCCAUGAGCAUCUCCAUCACUCUCUGCAUCUCCUUCGUGGAGCUGCAGGUGUUCAUCGCGCUGCUCUGCGCCAUGAAGUACGCCGUGUUCCUGUUCUACGCUGCCUGGCUCCUGGCCAUGACGAUCUUCAUAGUGGUGUUCCUUCCGGAGACGAAAGGCCUGCCGCUGGAGGCCAUGCGGUCGGUGUGGGCGCAGCAUUGGUAUUGGAAUAGGUUUGUCAAGGAUGCCAAAGAGGAGGAUAACCAAGAAAAUUGUUUGUAGGUGAUUCUUUUUUUACCUUUCAUAGACCCAGCAGCGCACCAAUUGAAGCAGUGUAAAAACUCAAAUGAGUGGUCGGGUAUGUAUGAUCCGUAUGUUGCUAAAUUGUUUGUUAUGGCUGUAAAGUCUGACGGCGGAGCGAUUAAAAAUGGGGUGAUGC